GGAUGGACCCGUCCUCCGUCCAGAGGAGCUGGAGUUACUCGCUCGCUUUUCCAUUAGGAGACAGUCUCGGGACACUUGAACAGGAUCAGCGGCGGUCGACGAAAACCCUUCGAUAGAGCGGGAUGAACCGCGCAGUUCUUCUGCAGAAAGAGUUUCAUUGACUGCGCACUUGAGACGGAACGCGCUUGGUUCGCACGCGCUGAACUCUCUCAUCACUCGCGUGGAGAUCUGGAAGUUUGACCGCCCUGAUUCCCAGAGUUUCCCCGAGUCCUGCUCCUGUGAGGAUGUGUUUACUGAGGAUUACAGCUGCAGCUCAUCUGUUACUGAUCUCCGUCCUCCUCACUGCAUUCACACACGCAGGGGCUGACGUGAAUCUGUCGGAGUCUGGAGAGAUCGAGGCUCUAGCUGAGGCCCAGAGCGGAGGACUGCCAACAGCUGAAGGUUAUUUCCUGGAGUUUGUGGAGCCGCCAAACAAUAUAACUAUAGUGCAGGGCCAGACGGCCACUUUACACUGCAAAGUGACAGGCCACCCCUGGCCCAGCAUCCGCUGGCUUAAGAACGACGCUCCGGUGGUGCAGGAGCAGGGCCGAAUCUCCAUCCGCAAGACAGAGGCUGGAUCCAAGCUCCGCAUUCAAGACCUGGACACCACCGACACGGGAUACUACCAGUGUGUGGCCUCAAACUCCUUCAAAGUCAUCUCGGCUACUGGGGUGCUCUACGUGCGACUGGGGACUGGAGGACAGUUGCCAGCCCAUGGAGGAGAAGAGUCAAGGCACGAGAAGGGCUUCUGCCAGCCGUACCGUGGCAUCGCGUGCGCUCGCUUCAUAGGGAACAGGAGUAUCUACGUGGAGUCUCUGCAGAUGCAGGGAGAAAGUGAAAACCGUAUCACUGCGGCCUUCACGAUGAUCGGCACCUCGACCCAUCUGUCAGACCAGUGCUCUGAAUUUGCCAUCCCGUCCUUCUGCUAUUACGUCUUCCCAUUGUGUGAGGAGGGCACCAGAGGUCCAUGGCGGCGCCAGCUCUGCCGUGAUGAGUGCGAGGCUUUGGAGAACGACUUGUGCCAUGCAGAGUACACCAUCGCACGCUCCAACCCUCUCAUCCUCAUGCAGCUGGAGCUGCCCGCAUGCAACCUGCUUCCCCACCCCGGCUCGCCAGACGCUGCCAGCUGCAUCCGCAUCGGCCUGCCACCGCAGUAUUCACCCCCAAAUCACAGCUGCUACAACGGAAGUGGCGCCAACUACAAAGGCACGGUCAGUGUCACCAAAUCAGGCUACCAGUGUCAGCCGUGGAGCGCACAGUAUCCACACAGUCAUCAUCUGACGCCUGUCGAGUAUCCUGAGCUCAGAGGAGGACACAAUUUCUGCAGGAACCCCGGAGGGCAAAUGGAGAGCCCCUGGUGUUUCACGUUAGACCCUAAUGUGAGAGUGGACGCCUGUGACAUUCAGCCCUGCAUGCCUCCAGAGAAAGUGAAAAAGGAGAUCCUGUACAUCUUAAUUCCCAGUAUAGCCACCCCUCUUGUCAUUGCCUGCUUAUUCUUCUUGAUCUGCAUGUGUCGCAACAAACAGAAGGAGUCUGCUGACAGUCCUACUCGCCGUCAACUCACUGCCUCGCCGAGUCAAGACAUGGAGCUGCCUCUACUCACCCAGCACAAGCAUCAGGUGAAGCUACGAGAACUCAACCUGUCUGCUGUUCGAUUCAUGGAAGAGCUUGGCGAGGACCGUUUCGGAAAGGUCUACAAAGGUCACCUCUAUGGUACAGCUCCAGGUGAACAGACCCAGGUGGUGGCUAUAAAGACGGUCAAAGACAAGGACGAGGGUCCUCUACGGGAAGAAUUCCGCCACGAGGCCACGCUCCGGUCGCGUCUUCAGCACCCCAACAUCGUCUGCCUUUUGGGUGUGAUAACGAAAGAACAGCCCAUGAGCAUGAUCUUCAGCUACUCGGGCCAGGGUGACCUCCACGAGUUCCUGGUCAUGCGAUCCCCUCACUCGGACGUCGGCAGCUCUGAUGACGACAAAACCGUCAAAUCCACUCUGGAGCAGGCAGACUUCCUACACAUCGUCACACAGAUAGCAGCCGGAAUGGAGUAUCUUUCCAGUCACCACGUGGUACACAAGGAUCUGGCUGCUCGCAACAUCCUAGUCUGCGAUAAACUCAACGUGAAGAUCCUGGACCUUGGCUUGUUCAGAGAGGUGUACUCCGCAGACUACUACAAGCUGAUGGGAACCAGUCCCUUACCAAUCCGUUGGAUGUCCCCUGAAGCAAUACUGUACGGGAAGCUUUCCACCGACUCAGACAUCUGGGCCUACGGCGUGGUGCUCUGGGAGAUAUUCAGCUAUGGCCUCCAGCCGUACUGUGGCUAUUCUAACCAGGAUGUGAUUGAGAUGGUGCGCAACAGACAAGUCCUUUCCUGCCCAGAUGACUGUCCAGCCUGGGUUUACACACUGAUGCUAGAGUGCUGGAAUGAGUUCCCCGCACGAAGGCCGCGAUUCAAAGACAUUCAUGCCCGGUUGCGCUCCUGGGAGAGCUUAUCCAACUACAACAGCUCGGCGCAGACCUCGGGAGCGAGCAACACCACUCAAACCAGCUCGCUCAGCACGAGCCCCGUCAGCAACAUCAGCAAUGCUCGCUACGUCAGUCCCAAAAAGUCUUCCCCGUUUCCCCAGCCUCAGUUUGUGUCCAUGAAGGGCCAGAUGCGCCCAAUGGUGCCGCCCCAGCUCUACAUCCCAGUCAAUGGCUACCAGCCAAUGCCUGCUUAUCCGUACAUGCAGAACUUCUACUCCAUGCAGAUCCCCAUGCAGAUGCCUCCACAGCAGCUGCACCCACAGAUGGUGGCCAAGGCUGGAUCGCACCACAGCGGCAGCGGCUCCACCAGCACUGGCUAUGUGACCACAGCGCCCUCCAACGGAUCCGGCACGGAGAAAGCGGCCCUUAUGAAUGAAGACCUGAAGACGACAGACAAGGAUUUCUCUGAUGGGGCCUCUCAAUGUGGCCUGCACAACGAAGAGCUUUCUGUUCCAGAGACAGAGCUUCUGGGGGACAAUGACAGCCCCCGGACAGAGGACAAUGGAAACAACUUGGAAGCGUAGACAAUCUUUUUGGUUUGAAGAGAAAAAAUAUUUUCCCAAUUUUUUUCUCGGUUGUACAGGUUUAAAAAGUGAAGGGAAACCGGUGAAUGACACGUGGACGAAGUCUUAUUUAUGGGUUUUAAAGGUUUAUCCGCAGCCACUGAUGGAUGAACGCAUCAUAUUGUUGGAGAUAUUUUUAUAAGACAAGGUUUUUGUAGUCCGUGAUGAAGAAUCAAGCCUUCAGCCCUUCUGCUUUGGGGUCAGUGGCAGAUAUGAUACAAUGGAGGACAUCUUGUUUGUUUGGUUGUUUUUUAAUCAAGUUGCAAAGCUAUUCAGAAGAAUGCAUGUUCUAACUGUUGCUGUGCAACAUGAAACAUCAUUUCAAGCAUUUUGGUGGGUACCAUUCAUUGAUGUAACCACUUCACAGUUGGCAGUAUCAUUGAGAACAGGUUAUUUUACUUAA